GGAUUUGUUAUUUCCGUUGGCCUUGAAGGCAGCAUUAACUUGGGGGCGUGGCUUACAGAGUGUUGUACGUGCCGAGGGCCAACGUCACUGUGGUGGACUGACUGCACCAAGAGCUCUCUGCCAGGCACGUCCCCGGACCGUCAGGAUACAUUGGAGAGCAAGGACCGACCCAGUUCGUUCUGGGAGGAGAGUUGAAGUGCUGCAGCUGCAAUUUGUGUCUUUCUGUCUUCACUUUCACUUCAACUGAGAAACGGAAGGAGGCCGAGGAGUCUGUUGGGACAAAGCGAUCACAGCAUGUCAGCAGACAUCAUGGAGGAUGACCUGAUGUUCAGCAUGGAGGAGGAGGAGGGCAGCGCCAAAAGACCCCCAGUCCAACACAAUGCCUCCCAUCAGCGGGCAUGCUCUGUCAGUGAUGCCAACACCAGUGAUGAUGAUGAUGAUGACCACUUUAUCUGCCCCAUCCUGGACGACUCGGCCAGAGAGAUCUGUGGCUACUUGAAGAGUCUUGUUUACACCCGGCAGCUGUCAAACUCACUUCCAAAGACCAACUUUGUUUUCAAGAACGAAACAGAAACAGAGGCAGAACCUCGGUCAUACAAGGUUUUGUCCUGGAACGCACGGGAAGCAUGGAAGCAUGCCAUCGAAAAGGCCAAAGCCAUGCCUGACCCCUGGGCUCAGUUUCACCUGGAGGACAUCAAGACCGAACCCUGCAUACGUUACAGGUACAAUGCCGUCACAGGAGAGUGGGCUCAAGACCAGGUCCACAUCAAGAUGGGCGCCCAGCCGUUUGGGAAAGGGGCCAUGAGGGAGUGCUUCAGAACGAAGAAGUUGUCCAAUUUCUCACACAGCAGUAACUGGAAGUCGGCGUCUAACUAUGUGACCAAGCGUUACAUGGAGACGGUGAAGAGAAAUGUUUACUUUGAGGACGUCAGGCUGCAAAUGGAGGCCAAGCUGUGGGGGGAAGAGUACAACCGCCACCGACCUCCUAAACAGGUGGACAUCAUGCAGAUGUGUGUGAUUGAGAUGAUGGAGAGACCAGAUAAACCUCUCUUCCACCUGGAGCAUUACAUCGAGGGCAAGUACAUCAAAUACAACUCCAACUCUGGCUUCGUGAAGGACGACAACAUCCGGCUCACUCCUCAGGCCUUCAGCCACUUCAGCUUUGAGCGGUCGGGUCACCAGCUGAUCGUUGUUGACAUCCAGGGAGUCGGAGAUCUCUACACUGACCCUCAGAUCCACACGGAGCAGGGCACUGACUUUGGAGAUGGCAAUCUAGGUGUGAGAGGCAUGGCCCUGUUCUUCCACUCCCACCUGUGUAACAAGAUCUGCAAGAGCAUGGGCCUGACACCCUUUGACCUUUCACCUGCGGAAAAGUCCCAGCUGGACUCCACCAACAAACUGCUCAGGUCGGCUCAGACGGUUCUCCGGGGCUGCGAGGAGCCCUGCGGUUCUCCCCGUGUUCGCACCAUGUCAGCAAGCAGAGCUCCCUCUCUGAUUUCCCGCCUGUCUGAGACGUCAUCUGUAGACGAAAGCAUGAGCGAUGUGGACUCUGUGCCCUGCUCCCCUCUCAUCCUGCCUGGCUUCCCGCUGGCUGCGGUAGGAUCUGUGGGCAAGUCCCCAAUCGGCUUAUCUUUUACCGGGAUGUACGAACAUGAGAGACUCAACAACAACAACAACUCAGGUGAACAUAAGGAAUCUGACAGCGGAGGGGACAGCGGCUAUCCCAGUGAGAGGAGGAGUGAUGGAGACCUGAAUGACCAUGUAGAUGGGGCCCAUCAUCGCCUUCACAGACAUAACUCUGAGUCGGAUGAGGACAGUGUCAGACGGCUGACAGAGGAGAAGUGGAGCUUCUACCACUCCUCUCGCGCUCACGUCCACAGACCGUCCUGUGUGGCCACGGAGGUGGAGCGACUCAGCACUCUGCUGCAGAAGAAGAUUGGCCAGUCAAUCCUCGGAAAGGUCCACCUGGGGAUGGUGCGGUACCACGAAGCAGGUCGAUUCUGUGAGAAAGACGAGCAGUGGGAUCAGGACUCAGCCAUGUUCCAUCUGGAGAGAGCGGCUCUGUGUGGAGAGCUGGAGGCCAUCACAGCUUUAGGACAGUGCUAUCUGCAGCUGCCACAUCACAUCCUGCCUGAUAUGGAGCUGGAGGAUAGCGCUGGAAACAGGAUGAAGGGUUUUAAGUAUCUUCUGCUGGCUGCUGAAGCUGGAGACAGAUCAUCUAUGAUCACAGUGGCCAGAGCCUUCGACACAGGGAUCAAUCUUUCAGCUGACAGAAAGCAGGACUGGGGGGAGGCGAUCCACUGGUACAACAAUGUGUUGAACAUGACGGACUAUGACGAGGGAGGAGAGUUUGAUGGGACGCAGGACGAGCCUCGCUACCUCCUGCUAGCCAGAGAGGCAGAGAUGUACCAAGAGGGAGAGCACAACCUCACCGCAGACCCACAGAGAGCAGGUGAUUUGUUUACAGAAGCAGCAGAGGCUGCUAUGGCGGCCAUGAAAGGUCGACUGGCGAACCAGUACUACAUGAAAGCUGAAGAAGCCUGGGCGCUAAUGGAGGAUUAAUUCUGGAUUUAUGUUUCUAUUAUAAAAAGGCCACGGGAGUUAAUAUGCCUGACUAUUCGCCAGGCUAGUUUACAAAUUUUUAAUACAGUAUGUUUUGCUAAUGGUGCUGAGUGUGUGUGUUUAGCCUUGUAGGGUCAGUCUUAUCAACCAUGUUCUGAUCUUUUUCUUCUGUCUUUUCUUCCAUUUCCUAUUUUCAUUUACUUUUUGGCUAAAUGAACGCACGAAAAAGAAAGGCUGCAAAAUCAAAGCAAAGAGAAAUGUUUACUUACUUCGACCCAAAUGCUAAAAAAAAAUGUGUUUCAAGAAUGUAUGUUAAAAAAACUGUAAAAUAAAGUUUGAAUUGCUUUUUGGGGUAAAGAA